AUGUAUAUGAAUUCUUGAUUGAAAUCAAGAUCUUUGUUUUGUCUGAGUUUGUAAGUUGAUGUAACAAUCAUCGGUUCUUUGCCCCAAUUAGAAGCUCUCGAGCUAGUUAAAUCCGUCAAGGGACAGAAGUGGAGUCCAGUUAACGGGGAGUUUCUCCGCCUUAGAUUCUUGAGCAUUGUUAAGGGUUAGUCUGAGAUUUUGGGAUGCAUACAGCUCUCAUUUCCCAGUUUUGAAGAAGCUUAGGCUUAUGGGAUUGAAACACUUGGAAGAGAUCCCUUUGGAUAUUGGAGAAAUUCCGACACUUGAAGUUAUCAGUGUGGAUGGAUGCAGUGAGUCUGUUGAAAUUUCGGCAAUGAGAAUAAAGGAAGAACAAGAGAGUGUAGGACAUGAAUUAAGAGGAGCCUUCAUUAGAUUAUCUCUAAAUAAAAUUAUCAAUUUGGUUUUAAAAUUAGUUAGAAAAUAAUUUGUUUUUUAAAUAGCAAAAUGAUGCCUGAAAAUUGAGUGGCACGACAGCUCAGCAUAGAGAAGAAGUAAAGCUCCUCAAUUUGUAAGUCUCAGUCUGUUGGCUUCCUUUUCUGGAACCUCCAAAAUCAUCGGCAAUGGCGGCUUAUGCAGCUCUGCUUUCUCUCUCGACAAUCAAUCAGAUCCAAUUCCUUCAGAAAAAGGCUGAUUUCAUAGAGGCCUAUAAUCACGGUGGAGGUAGUAAACAGGCACAACAUCUCGAGAGACAAAUAUCGCAGCCGAAGACGUGAUUGAAUCGUGGAUCGAAUUCAUUCUGUAUCCAAUCAAGCAAGCCUUGGAUGCACGGUCGAUCUGCAGCAGGUAAUUCAAGCUAUGGAUGCUAUAAGAUUUUAUUUUUUUGUUGUUUAUUUUAUCAAUAUAGCCAAUUACAAUUAAUUAUUACGGAGAAACAGUAAAUUAGCCAAAGUCAGCUCGUUUCUUCAAGGAAAAUGGCAGCAGGAGCAUAAUGGAAAAGAAAUUUUAAUAAUCAGAUAGUGGAGCACUCGCUGGAGCUCUAUGUUCAAAAGAUUCAAAUAAAACGACUUGAUUCAUUUAUUUCUCAGCAGACUCCGUCAAAGUCUUAUCUGAUGUUUGUAUAGUCAAGAUAGCAAUUGAGGUGGGAACUCCAUAGAUGUUAUUUACAUAUCAUUAGUAUUCUAUUUAAUUUGUUGCUCUUCUCAACAGAUCGAUGGCUGCAGCUUAUGCAGCUCUAGUUUCUCUGAUGAAUACAGUGGAGCAGAUCCAAAACCACCCUCAACUUUCCACUUCUCUUGAUCAUUUCCAGAUUGAGAUCCUCCGCGAAAAGGUUUAUUUCUUCCUAGAUUUUAUAGAAAGUUAUUCCUCUCAUGUAGAUGAUUUGGAGAGGUGGAUUGCAACUGCAGCUCAUGCGGCUGAAGAUUUAUUUGAAUCCCAUGUUGUUUGGCGAAUUCGUACCCACGAAAAAAACAGUCUCGAUCUGCAGAAGGUAAUUGUAGAUAUGGAUCUUGUGAGAGAGAAAGUGUUGAAGGUGAAAGAGGAAAGGGGAGUCAGAUAUGAGCAGCCGACUGCUAAUUCAUCAAGAUCCGUUGCCAGUAACCGAGAGGCGAUUAUGGUGGGAUUUGGUGGCUACUUGGAUCAGCUCUUGGAUUUGCUCACCGGAAAUCAAUCUAGCCGCCAGAUCAUCUCAAUCGUUGGCAUGGGCGGUACUGGUAAGACUACUCUGGCCAAGAAUACUUUUGAAAAUUCAAUUAUUAAGCGACACUUUGAUGUCCGUGUUUGGGUGUCUGUUUCAAAUGAUUACAAUUUAUCAGAUAUUUUCUUAGAAGCUCUUUCUCACCUAAAAGAACUCACUGGCACUAUUGAGAUGGACAAUGAAAGAGACGAGUAUCGAUUAGGAGAACAAUUGUAUAAAGGUUUGACGGGUAGAAGGUAUCUGAUUGUACUGGAUGACGUGUGGAGUGUUGAAGUUUGGGAUAAGAUAAGGUUUUAUUUUCCUGAUAAUGGGAAUAGAAGUCGCCUCAUUUUCACUACUAGGCUUUCAGAUGUGGCUUUCUAUUGUGGAUCGUGUUGUGUUAGGGUGAAUCUUUUAGAUGAGUGUGAAUGUUGGGACCUAUUUUGCGUGAGGGUAUUUGGAGAGGAAGAUUGCCCCCUCGAAUUAGAACAAAUUGGAAGAGAGAUUGCUAAAAUGUGCAGAGGGCUUCCUCUGUCGAUCACUGUGAUCGGAGGGCUUCUUCAAAAGUCAGCUAAGACAGUUGAAUAUUGGCACAAUGUGUUAGAAAACAUUAGAGCAAUUUUGAGUUCAGGAGAGGGGGACCAAUGCCUAAAUGUGUUGUAUUCGAGUUAUAGCCAUUUGCCUGCUCAUCUGAAGCCAUGUUUCCUUUAUAUGGGGACUUUUCAAGAGGAUCGCGAGAUUCCAGUCUCGCGAAUCACGAAACUUUGGGUUGCUGAGGGAUUUCUAAAGCCCAAAGCUGCUCGAGUCUUGGAAGAGGUUGCAGAGGAUUACUUAAAGGAUCUCAUUGACAGGAACCUUGUUUUAGUUGGUAAGUAUCGUAAGAAUGGAAAGGUUAGAUCUGUCUGCAUUCAUGAUCUUCUCAGAGACCUAUGCAUAAGCUUAGCAGAUAAAGAAAAGUUCUUUUCUUCUGCGAGAGUUUGGUAUAGGAGUGAGGAUUCUUCAGUGGGAUAUCUAUCAAGGAAGUGUAAGCUGCGGUUCUUUGCUUAUAGUCCUGCUAAUUUCUCUGAGUUCAAUCUUACUUCUUCAAUAUCCUUUGUUUGGAAUCUGCAAACGUUGAUCUUUCAAGGAAGGUGUGGACUAGUCGAUGCACCAGCUGAAAUUUGGGAGAUGUCAUAACUCAGGCACGUCAUAUGACACUUGUGUCUUGAGAAACUUGCAAACACUUGUGCAAGUAGUGAAUUUCAGAUGGACGGAGGAGGCGUGCAAGAGAAUUCCCAACAUCAAGAAAUUGCGCGUGGUUUUUGAUGAUGUCUUGACAGAUUACGAAGAUUGCUUGUGCUUACACUAUCUCCACAAUCUCUGCACUUUACAGAAGCUCGAAUCACUAAAAAUGAGGUUCCCUUUCUGCAUAUCGCGAUAUCCAGUGGAUUUGCUGAGCAAGAGGCUUGCCUUCCCCACUCGGCUAAACAAGUUGUGCUUGAGAAACUGCAGCCUCACUCGUGAAGAUCUGGCAACGAUUGGUUCGUUGCAACAUCUACAAGUUCUUGAGCUUAUACACAGCUCUUUCUUGGGAGGCGAGUGGAGCACUUUCAACGGUGAGUUCCCUUGUCUUAAAUUCUUGAGAAUCGACAGCUGUGAUGUCGUGUGUUGGGCUUCAGACACCUCUGCUUUUCGAGUUCUUGAAAAGCUCGUUGCUCGAGAUCUGUGGCAGUUGCAAGAGAUCCCAUCGGAGAUGGGAGAGAUAAGCACUCUCAAACUCAUUCAUUUACAUCACUGCUCUGAAUCUGCGGCGAUUUCAGCAUUGGAGAUUAAGAAAGAGAGCUUUGGGAAUGAUAGCCUUAAGAUUGUUGUUGACAUCUCUUGGUACUGCUGCAGUGAUAGUUUCUGGGUAAGGGUGAAAGUGGAUAGUUUCAGGCCCUUUGGAAUAUCCAAAUACAUUUGGGAGCUCUAAGGGGGUGGUCCCCACUUAAGAGCCACCACUCAACAACAAGUGGCUCUAAUUAUUUUUGGAAGCUUUCUAUCACAUGUGAGUCAUUUUCUCUUUUAGAGGGCAUUUACUUUGAAAGAUUAAUCUUGAUAGAUAAAAAUAGUAAGAAUACUCUCUUGUUUAUUUUGAUGGAUUGAAAUUUUGGGAUAGCCCAAUAUCCUUGAUUAUUUCUAUCA